AUCAACUUCGUGCUUUUGGAGGAGAAGUUUUUGUCACAGCUGUCAGAGUUUAUUUUGGUUUCUUGUGAAGAUCCAGGAAAAAUCCUGCCAGAACGUCCAGGAUGAUGUCUUCAAGAGUUGCUCCUGCUACUCUUCGGCUCCUGCGUCCCUUCAGUCAGAGUGCAGCUCCAUCGAGCUCUGGUGGCCAGGGAAAAUCACCAUCUACAACAGAUCCUCUGUCAAAGGUCUCCGGAUUGACCACAAAUGUCGUCCUGAAGCCAGAGAGCGGCAAGAAGGUUGGCCCUGGAGCUUCUCACAAUGCUGAUUACAAGGUUCCCGAGUACUUCCUGUACGGGAGACAUAGCUACCACGAGGCAGAAAUUGAAUUAGCUCCUUUCCGGUGUCCCCAGCCAUCUGCCCUGAAAAAGUAACUUAGGUGAAUGAUUAUCUGUAAAAUUGUAGUUACAAAUUAUACGUUGAAUAUGGCGAGAAA